AUGGAAAGCGAAAAACAAACUACUGAGAGAGAGACGCCGCCUCAGCCCUGGAGAAGUUGCAAGUUGAUUAUUGACCCUGCAUUGACAAAAGGACUGUACAAAGUGUACCGUUAUGAUGGACAAUACUUUAACAUACCCGACUUAGGUCUGUUUCCUGUUGAUACUGUCAGAGAUCCUCGCAUCUGCCGCCUGUGGAGCAAAAGCCAUAAGAGUGACCUUUCAGUGCCUAAAUUUAAGGUUGAUGAAUGGUAUGUCGGCCCUGUUCCUCCCAAAGAAGUGACAUUUUCCAGGUUGAAUGACAAUGUCAGGGAGGCCUUCUUGACUAAUAUGUGCAAAAAAUAUGGGAAUAUUGAAGAAGUGGAAAUAUUCUACAAUCCUAAAAACAGGAAACACUUAGGGAUCGCAAAGGUUAUCUUCGACACAGUGCGGGCUGCAAAAGGCGCUGUCCAGCACCUCCAUCAGACGUCAGUGAUGGGAAAUGUUAUUCAUGUGGAAAUUGAUCCUAAAGGGGAAAACAGGGCGCGAUAUCUCCAGCUCCUCUUACGUGGCCUUUAUACUCCUUGGACGUUGCCAGUGGGCAGCAGUGAACAAGCUCUUCAAAGCUUGAUCAACAGUUUGCUGGCCAGUGCAGCCACACAGCGACAGGGAAGUGUCUCCAGCCCCACCAGCAUUGCUACACCUCUCUCUCUGGACACAGCCUACUCCAGUAUUUGGCAGGAUACGCCUUGCAGCUUUGGGCUUACACCACAUUCUCAGGGAACCCCCCACACUCCCUGCUUUUCUGCGACUCCUCUCUCCCAGGACUCUUGCUACUCCAGUCUUCAGGCGACUCCGGUGCUCCAGUUGGAGCCUUCAACCUAUACUCCUCCUGCCAUUCCACCAGUCACCCCUUUCCCUUUCCCCAUCCCACCCUUUCCUCCAUCUAUUCCACCGGUCCCCCCUCGCCUGCCAAAUGGCACCAUCCCCAUCCCACCUCCAAGCUGGAUCCCCCCUCCUGGCCAUCACAUCCGCAUACCCAUUCCUCCUCCUCCUAUUCAACCUCCUCCUUCUAUUCCUCCCCCACCCCUUUUUAUGGGACCCCCUCCACCUUUGAUGGUGCCGCCCUCUGUCCCACCUCCCAUGCACUCGUACCCCUUACCCAUGCAGCCUGAAGGCCGUUUGGAUAAGGGGAAUCCUCCGAAGCAUGGCAGUGCACCUUUACCAUUCCCUCGACCACCCUGGCCCGCUCCACCUUUUCCCAGGUUUAACCCCUUUGUGCCACCACCAGACUACACGGUUGUGCGGGAAGACCCUCACAAGGUCACAGCAGAAAAAGUUUUAGAAGUCCUCAUGGAUGAGCUGAAGUCAAUCAUUAAGAAGGACAUUACACGUAGAAUGAUUGAAGGAGUGGCUUUCAAGGCAUUUGAGGACUGGUGGGACUGUCAGGAGAAGAAAACAAAGUGUGACAGAGAUCAUGAUGAUGAUGAUGACAGUAAUCAUCCUGAAGAAGAAAACAAAGUGGCACAAAAACACGUGGAGGAUCAAGUAGCCGUCAUCUCCCACAUUAGUGAUGGAGCGCAGUGCUCAGAUGGCGAUAGUUUUUCAGAGAGCUGCUCCUCAGGGGAAAGCGAGUACUCGUCGGACUUUGACUCCUCGGACUCGUUAUUCUCGGAGAGCUUUGAGGACUCGUCCUCCUCGAACCUCAGUCCCGAAGAUGAAGACAUGGAGAAGGACGACGAGGACGACAGGAGUGUCGAGUGUAUAGUGAUAUUGUCAGAUGAAGAGUCAAUGGAGCUUGGGCCUCCCCUUAACUCUGCCGCCCCGCUAACCCCUGGUGCUCAGCUAGAUCUGUGCAUGCAGGACUGGUCAGACCCAUUUCAAAGGGGGGAAAGAGAAGAGAGCCAGUACACAUCCUGUCAACAACACACCUGUGACAUGGAUGCCUUGAUGGAGCUCCAACCAAGAGAACCCCAGGACCUACAGCCUCCGUCACCUCUAGGACUUCCAGCAGUGGAGCCAGAUCUUGAUGUGGAGAUGGAGAGCCCUGAGUGGACGGUGGAGUCUCUAGAAACCAUAGAAAACCUGAGGCCUCUCACUCCGACUGGCUGCUUGGUGGAAAGUGACCCUGACCUUCUGAUAAAAAGCAAACCAACAUCUCCUGCUGUGGAGGAAGUGGAACGGCCACAAACACCAGGGAAGGGCAUAGUAGCUGAACUGGAAAGUGAGGACUCAGAUGAAGUCUUGUCCCUCUCUCCAGUGAGCAGUGAGCUUGUUCUAGCUCCCUCUGAUCUCCCAGCGGCCCCAUACCUAUUCUACCAGGAUAUACCUAAAACCCCUGGCAGGGAGGAGAGAAGUGGAUGGCCUCAGCAAGGCUCUGGGAGAGCUCCAGCAACACCUGGCAGAGCGAUGACAAUGUUAGAAGGUAGCACAGUGAUGUGCCCACCUCUUAGCAGUCCACCACCUAUUCCAUCCCUGUCCAGUAAUCCGUAUAUAACAGCCCCAAAGACUCCUGGAAGAGACAUUAUCUUAACUCGAAUAGCAGACGCCCACAGGAGGAAAACGCCAAUGGUGGCCACCUCCUUGUUGUGUGACGACUCUCUCGGAGGCUCUCCCAUCACAGUGUCCUCUCCAUGCAGCCUUACUGAAUCUACAUCUGACAUUGAUGAUGGGAGGGGUGUGUGGAUCACUUCAUGUGUGAGAGCGAAGCCCUUGCAGGGACUGGAGAAUAUGCCCGGCCUUUUGGAUGAGGAGAAAUCCUUAUCUAGGCGAAAACAGUGGAGGAGGCUAAAGAGGAGAUGGAGAAGCCACCAUCAGCAGAGAUCACGUAAAAGAAUCACCGGUUCACUCUCCUACCACAGUCGUCCUCACAGGUGGCGUUCACUGUAUGAAGAGGGGAGAAUCCUUCACAGUGUUUGGAAAGAGGGUCUGGAUGAAGAAGAUGCAAGGCUGCUGCAGAGUACAUAUGAAAGGCUGCACGAGCAGGAUAAUGGCUUUGGGUGGCUCAGUGACACCCUCUGGAUACCUCACCCUCUGACUAAAGUCCUCGUAGAAAAAAGUGAGGAGCACAAAUCCUGGCAGCCAAAUCACAGGACCGGCUCUGCUCGCAGCGAAGGCUUCUAUAAAAUCAGCAGGAAGGACAAAAUGAAAUACCUCAACAACACAAAGCUUCUCAGUACUCAGGGAACGUCCAUCCCCGCCCAACAACCGACCUCCCUGCUGCGUGCUGGAUCUGACUUCAGGUCUGAACAGCGCCGCCUGCUGUCCUCGUUCAGCUGUGAUAGUGACCUGGUCAGGUUCAAUCAGCUGAAGUUUCGAAAGAAGAGGAUUUGCUUCAGCCGGAGUCACAUCCAUGAGUGGGGGCUGUUUGCCAUGGAGCCUAUAGCUGCAGAUGAGAUGGUGAUUGAGUACGUUGGCCAAAUCAUCAGACAGGUCAUCGCUGACAUGAGGGAGCAGAGAUAUGAGGAGGAAGGCAUUGGAAGCAGCUAUUUAUUCCGGGUGGAUCAGGACACCAUCAUUGAUGCCACUAAAUGUGGGAACUUAGCCAGGUUUAUCAACCACAGCUGCAAUCCUAACUGCUAUGCUAAGAUCAUCACUGUGGAGUCUCAGAAGAAGAUAGUGAUAUACUCCCGGCAGCCAAUAAGCAUCAAUGAGGAGAUCACAUAUGACUACAAGUUUCCCAUCGAGGAAACAAAGAUUCCUUGUUUGUGCGGAGCAGAUAGCUGCCGCGGCUCCUUGAACUGA